GAGAGGAGGGCACUAUGUCCACUGACAGCAAGAUGACCAUCAACCUUCUCUUGCUUGGAAGAACACAGAGUGGCAAAAGUGCUGCAGGAAACACCCUUCUAGGCAGCAUGGACUUCAACAGCUGUCUUUCCCCAUGCUCUGUGACCACAUCCUGCAGUCUAGGCCGCAGCUGUCACUUGUCAGGUUUUGCACGGCGGCAGGGGGGCGAGCUCGCUGUGCAGCUUCGUGUUCUGGACACUCCUGGGUAUCCUCACGGCAGCCUGAGCAAAGAACAGGUGCAGCAAGAAGUGAAAACCGCUUUAGCUCAGCACUUUGGAGGGACGGGCCUGCACUUGGCAUUUUGGGUCCUGAGAGCUGACUUCCCGCUCUGCAAACAGGAAGAGGAUCCUAUGAUCCAGUUGGUCCAGGAACUCCUGGGUCCCAACUGGAAGAAUUAUACUGCCGUUUUAUUUACCCAUGCAGAUCAGGUUGAAAAGGCAAGGCUCAGUUCAGAACAAUAUUUGCAUAAUGCCACAGACACACUACAUAAAGUCUUGCAGUCAGUUGAGCAAAAAUACAUUUUUGUAGACAAUCAUGCAAGGAUGCUAAAACAGGAAAAGUUAAAAGCUUUAAGAAAAAUUAUGGAGUUUAUAAGACAGAACCAUUACCAGACCCUUCUAUUCAAAUAAACAAUGGUGUAAAU